AUGUUAGGUGAACUUAGAAAUGGUGAUAAAAUUGUCGAAAUAUCAAAUGAAAUUGCAGUUAUUAUUGCCACAUGUAUUUCUCGAAAGGUGAUGUUGUACCCACGUCCCGUCGAUGAUAUGGACACCUUUGCUGUUGUAGAUUUUGAAAGACCAAACUUACCAAUAAACUUUGCAGAUAUUACUGUACCAUUUUACCCCAUGGUGAAUGACAUUGUUGUUAUUAGAGGGGAAAAUGACGAGGUUUGGGUCGCAAAGAUCCUCAAAGUAUACACUGAAGAAAAAAGUGUGAAAGUGUGGUACUACAGAGAGCAAGGACAUGAAUUGUUUGUACCAGAAGUUUCCUCACAAGAUGCAUUAGACAUUAUCAACUGGGACUCUAUAGUUCAUCUUGCUCCCGAGGAAUGGAUUGAUGGCGGUUCUUGA